GCUCCGACUAUGUGCCCCGUGAGGUUCGAAUCAGGGAAGAGUAUCCCCGUUUAACUACAAAGCCACUACAACACCACCACGGUGGUAUUAACUGUUUGGUCUUGGUCAGCCAGAAAAAACAAAAACAUAAAUUAAUCUUUGUCCCCAUUACAUCUUAGAAAGCCAAUGGAAAAAGGUUCUCCAACGGACCCAUAUUAAUUCUCCGGCUGCAGAAUCAGAUUCCCAAUCAGUGUUUUUGCUCCCAAACCGCCGCCUCGCCGCCGGUCCGGUAACUUCUCAUCUCCCAAUUCAAUCCACUCUCUCCACCAUGCCCGGCAAGCAACCGCCGUUGAACGGAGCCUACUACGGCCCCGCCGUCCCUCCUCCGUCGCAGACCUACCACCGCCACGGCCAUGGCCACCGCCGCGGCUGCGGCUGCUUCCACUUCACCACCUUUCUCAAAAUCCUCGUCACCAUAAUCAUUCUCGCCGGCCUCGCCGUCCUCAUCAUAUGGCUCGUAUUCCGCCCCAACAAGGUCAAAUUCCACGUCACCGACACUAAACUCACCCAAUUCAACCUCACCGACAACCAGCUCCGUUACAACUUGGCUCUAAACCUCACCGUCAGAAACCCCAACAACCGCAUCGGAGUCUAUUACGAUACCAUCGAAGCCGCCGCCGUUUACAAAGACCAGAGGCUCCAAACCCAGUGGCUGCCGCCGUUCUACCAAGGCCACAAGACCACCGCCGUUCUCGCCCCCACGUUCGACGGCCAGCAGCUGCUGCUCCUCGCCGGCGAGGGGCUUACCCAGUUCAACGCCGAGAAGGUCGCCGGCGUCUACGAUAUCGACGUCGAGCUUCGGCUUCGGAUACGACUGAAGUUCGGCGCCGUUAGGGUCGGGAAGUUUAAGCCGAAGGUGGGCUGUGAGUUCAAGGUUCCGCUGAGUACUUCCGGUGGAAACCCAGUUCCUCCGGUGUUUCAGACCGCCGGCUGCGAUAUCGAUUAUUGGUGACUUUAAUUUCAUUUAAUUUUAUUGUUUUGUUUUUCUCAUUGUUGUGUUGUCGUUGGCCUGGUAAUUUUAUUUUAUUUUAUUGUAUUUAAAUAGUUUGGCUGUUGGUUAUUUUUUGUGUUGUGUGUAUAAAUUUAGUUGGUUGGUCAUUUCUUUGUUCUUCAUUUUGUUGUUUAACAGAAAUAUUGUAUUAACAAUUGGGAUA